CAGAUCAAUAGAAAGGCAGCACAUUUCAAUCAGACAAUGCCAAAUUGCCCAUGUUGGUUUGUUCUGCAAUCGCUGUAGCCUGCUUUUGUUGAAGUCUCAAUCCUCCAAACCACCACCACCACCACCACCCCACACGUUGAGUUGUAUUAGCGUUGGUUGAGCCUGUGCUGUGAUUGAGGGUGGUGAUGGGGCCAUGGCAAUCUCCAUUCCACCACACCCACCUUUUAUUCUCUCUCUCUUUCUCCCCCACCUUUCUCAGGGGUUUUGCUUCUUCCUUACUGCUGCUCUUACAACUGCUGCCCCCACACGGACUUUUUCCUCCAAAAUCUUGAGCAACCAUUUCUCAAAACAAAACUGAUUUCUUGGAGUUUUCAAGCUGCUUCUCUGGUAUGUGAGACUUACCCAGAUGCUGUUUUCUUCGGUUUUUCAUUGUUUGUCUUAGUUUUUGAGUUGACAACAUGAUUUGGAGAUAACCCUUUUGUGCAUUUGGAAGAUAUGGGCCAUAUCAUAUGGGUGGGAUCUGGUUGCUAAAUGCAUAAGGGGUUUUUCAUAGAAUGCAGAUUCGUAUGGAAGUCAGUUUUCAAUGUUUGACUUCAACUGGUUUUCUUCGAAGAAGUGAUUUUCGCACUUCGUUUUUCUCGUCUUGCACUCCUCCCUCUUGUUCUAGCCUUCGGAUUGAAUAAACAUCGAAGGAGAAUCGAGGGACGAAGCAGAGUGCAGAAGAACAAAUGAGGCUGAAUAGGCUUUACUGUGAGGAUUAUGUAGUUUGGUCAACUGUUAGUUUAUUGUGAUUUAUAUCAGUUUGUUAUUGGAUAAUGUAGCUUAAUCUUUAACUGUUGGAUUGAUUUCAGAAGGAAAAAAAGAGAGCAAUUUUUGAAUGCUUAAAGUUAAAUCCUUGUUUGUUGCUUAAUGUUGAUGGUGAUUGUAUUUAGUUGGCAGGGUUAUGUUAAAUUGGACACAGAGUUUCACUAUCAGGUAUGGGUUCCGGGUGUUGGUUUAAGGUAUUUUUCGGCACAAAGAAAUCAAAGGACGACAGUUCAAAACAGUUGAAGGGAUCUUCAGCUCAUGGAAAAUCAAACUCCAUAAAAUUGAAAAAGUCUACUUUUGCGAAUGGUAAAAAUAUUGGAUUGCCAAUUGAGGAUAUCGCUGCAAUUCGGAUUCAGACUGCUUUCCGUGCAUAUGUGGCUAGAAAAUCGUUACGGCGUUUGAAAGGGAUUGUAAGAUUGCAAAUAAUGACCCAAGCUUAUCCUGUUACAAAGCAAACUACAACUACAUUGAGCUAUCUUCAUUCAUGGAGCAAAAUACAGGCUGAGGUUAAAGCUCGCCGACUCUGUAUGGUAACAGAAGGACGGAUCAAGCAGAAGAAAAUAGAGAGUCAACAAAAACUUGAGGCAAAGCUUCAUGAAAUAGAGGCGGAGUGGUGUGGUGGUUCUGAAACAAUGGAUGAAAUUCUUGCAAGGAUAUAUCAAAGAGAAGAAGCAGCAGUUAAGCGCGAGCGGGCUAUGGCAUAUGCAUUUUCUCAUCAGUGGAGGGCCAACUGUAGUCAGAACCAAAGCUUGGGUAAUUAUGAACUCGGUAAAGCUAAUUGGGGAUGGAGCUGGAAGGAGCGCUGGAUUGCUGCUCGCCCCUGGGAAAGCCGUGUACAGUCACCUAGUCCAAGGAAAGUGCAGAGUAAGCAAGCAAGCCCAGAUGGUAAGAACAUAAAUUCACCAACGCCAAAAGCUGCGGUUUUAGUUAAACUUCCUUCAUCAAAUGGUAAGCCAACUACAAAGGCUCGGAGAUUGUCUUACUCAGCUGUCGAAGAAAAAUCAGCGGCAACCGCAGAGAGCAUUAAAACUGAAGAAAAAACACUCAGAAAUGAACAUUGACUUUGUUGGUUCCGAUCCAAUGGUAGAAAAGAAACUAAAUAAGAAUGUCUUCGGUAUCUUAUCGACUCAAACAGCAGAAAAAUGAGGGAAGAGCCAUUUGUUUAAAUACGCGUCAUUUCUUAUUCUUGUACAUGUAGUGGUGUGGAAGUAAUGUGCUUGCGCGUGCAGUAGCGGUUAUCGAGCAAGACCUGGAUUUAGGAGUGAACCAUCCUUCUAUGAUUCUUUUUUUCCCCUCUUUCUUCAUAUUAAUGUAUAUUGUGAAAGGGAAAAAGGAUUAUUGUAUUUAUAUUGUAAAUAUACAAAAUAUUUGUUGGAGUGGAUUAUUCUGUGCUUUUGCACAAUGUAAUUAGAAGUUACUCUUGGUUGUUCUC